AGAAGUUAGCAGUCGACAACUCCGGAAAGAGCGCGAAGUUGCGAAUAUUCUCCUGUUGUGAUUUGCGUCGACAACUUGGGAAAGAGUGCGAAGCUGCGAAUAUUCGCCUUGUGAUUUCCGGUAAAUCUUCGCUAAUACUCCAGAGGCAUCUGUAUCUGCUGUUAUGGAAAGGGAAACAACAGUUUCUGUGAAACUGGAGGCAAAAGAUGAGGUGCUUAUGGUACCAAGGACAAUGGUAUUGAGGUCCGCUGCCAUGGAAAGCAGAGGAACGGUUUCUGUGAAAUGUGAACCAACAGAUGAGAUACUUACGGUACCACGGGCUUUGGUUAAUGGGCACUACGAACCAGCAUGUCACCUGUGUGGUUGUGCGGAACGUGACAUAGAAGAGGCUCUCAGGCUGGGAAAGGAAGCCAGUGACAUCAGUGCUGAUGUACUGCUGGCCAACAUGCACAUCAAGAAAGAACAAGAGGACAUCAGUGAUCAAAAGGUGAACCUGUCACAGGAGCCACCUUCAUCUGGAAGCCCACCAACUGCAAUGCCCACUACAGGGAAAAAGAGAUGUGGUCGAACUCGGGAGAGAACAUCGUGGACGAAAAAGAGGUCUCAGUUAGCAGAUAUUGUGUCCCAGUACUUGCAGGCUGAUGACUCUAUCCUUGACAAUGAUGCCAAAGUGUGGGUUUCGGGAUUCAGGCAGUUACUGAUAACGAACAAAAGGACAUAGCAAAAAAAAUUAUUUCGAAUGUACUCUUUUUGACAAAGAGGAGGAAAUUAAGUUGUCGUUCCCAAAUUUUUACGCCUCACUCAAAUCCGUAUAUGCACGUAAUGCAAUUUUCACCACAGUUUCCACUCCCAUACGAUGCAACACAAUAGGAUCACAAUAAUAGAAUAUACGAAACAGGCGCGUAUCAACAAGUUACACAACUGCAACCCCGUGGAAGAACAUUUGAUGGAGGCGCAUGUAAGCCAUCUACAAGUGAUAGUC